GCACAACAAAAGUACAAAAUUUAAAACAGUCUCGCGUUAAUAGUCAUCGAGGUACAUUCGCGAUUACUGUUUACGGACAAUACUUUACAUACUUCAAAGCAUACUUGUCGUCAAUAUCGUGAACUAUAAAAAAUUAAAAUAAAAUUCGUGAACGUCAAUUUCGUUGUUUUAAUAAAAUUUUCAAUAUUUUUAAUCUUCCAAGACAAUUUCUAAAAAUAAUAAUUUGAAGAAAUUAUAAUAGUAUUUAAUAUAAAGGAGUGAAAAAAUGGAUAUAUCAGCAUACCAGCACAUGAACAUACGUAUGAGUACUCGGGGCAAGCGCCCUCUUCGUAAUUUGACGCCAUCCGAUAAAGUAAGAGCUAUACAACGUAUACACAAUGGGGAAACUAAGGCAUCCGUGUCACGAGAUAUUGGAGUCCCAGAGUCCACUCUUCGAGGUUGGUGUAAAAAUGAGCAGAAGCUGCGGUUUAUGUGUCGCCAGUUGGGAGCUGCAGAUCAAUUAUCACCAAUGACAGGGGUGGAAAAUCCGCCUGAGAAACGUCCCCGGUUUGAUAAUCACAUCCAAACUCCUAAAUACCCGACACCCUCCAGCUUUGAUGAAUUUGGAUAUAGCCGACUGCCGUUAAAUGGUCUCACUUUUCAAUCAAAUGGCAGCAAUGCAAUUUUAGAAAAAAUAGCAUUGAAUGAAAUCAUGAAAAAACACAUGCCAGCCGAUAUUGUCAUUAAACAGCCAGGUGAUAACAUUUCGAACCAAAUGCCCGGUAUGAUGGGAGGAGAUUAUAAUACACAGCUGUCCAUGAUGCAGAAUUUGAAUUUAUUAUCUCUGUUAAGCCCUAAUUUGGUAGCUAUUCCAAAUCUUAAUCCAAAUGGAAAUGGUACUCCAGAUGCUGCCAAAAACAAAAUUCCUCCGCGUUUAACAGAUGAUGCUAAGGACAAUACCAAAGGCAACUGCAAUGGCAGUAAUACCAACAACCACAACGUUUAUGUAAAUAAUACAGCAUCAUUAUCUGUAAAGACUUGGGCUAAGGAUCCUGCAGACAAAAAUUUGAUAAAUAUCUCAAACACUACCGUUGCUAAUAACACCAUCGGAAUUAAUCGCGGCAUUCAUGAUUCAAACAAUAAUAACGUAAAAGACAAAAACAGUUCCUUCCCCACAGAAGCUCCUACGGAUGUACCGAAUUUCACACCACCUUUGCCUUUAGGUCUGUUACAAAUACCUAAUAUCAACAACACAUCCGACUCCGAAGCUGGCAAUAACAGUGCUUUACUGGAAUGGUGCAAAGUUUUUAAUGCCAGCCUUAACUUUUUGGCUUUAGCUGCUGCCGCCGCUGCACUCCAGCCUAGUGGUACACUAAAUCCUAACGCCAUUAAGAAGGAGGACAAUAUUCUAUAUAAGGAACUCACCAAGACUGCAAACAACUUCGACACAGCAAACAAUCCAUCAACUUUCAUUGGCAGCGAUGUCUCCAAUGACAGCUACUUUGAUAGUGAACCGGAAGAUUUAUCAGUACGAUCCACUGCCACAUCCAAACUGUCCAGUCCAGCUAAUAGUCGUUCCCAGAGUCCUGUAAAAAGCAACGGUUCGUGUUCGCCUUUGCAUAGUGAUGGAGAACACUAAGAGGUCCAUGUGAAUAAGUGUUUUGUGUUUUUUUAUGUCUGUGUGUGCUGUAUUAAUUUUUAUUUUCCCAGUUAUAAACGAUUCAUUUAAUUAUUUAUAGAAUUCGAUAUAAUAUCAUUAUUUUUAUUACAACAGCUACUCCUACUAAAUACAUCUAUAUGCAAUAACAAGUAAAUCAAUGUAAUAAUAACAAAAUUAAAUUUAUAAUUUUUAAGUUAGAUUCUAUCACAUAAAAAACAAUAUUCAAGGAACCCUUUAACCUUUUAACAAAUACAUAUGUAUGGAUGUAUGUA